CUCAAAAGUCAGUUGAAUUAGUGAAAGCAUCGCAGAAAAAGGGAGGAAUAAAUAAAUUAGAUAUAAGUUAAACGAAGUGGACUUCUGGAGGAUUUUUAAGGACCAGAAAAAGGAGCAUUUUCUCUGUAUUUUUGUAUUAUAUAUUUUUGUAUUAAUCCGAUUUCUUAUAAAGGAAAUAACUUAAUAUUUGGAGAUGAUGCUGUGUGGCAUCUUUCUGUUCUUCAUGCUGUGGAGCAGUGAUGGAGCGAGGCUGGCAGAAAGUCGGGAUGAUAACAGCGUCUAUGACUUAUUUGAGCUGGCUCGGGUUAAUAAAAGACAGCAUGGAGUGAGUCUGGUCAAAGGAGCGGAUCCUUACAGCCCCGCGUACAAGAUCCUGAACGCGGACCUGAUCCCCCAAGUCCCCGACGCCUCCUUCAGGGACCUCCUCGACUCCAUCCAGGCUGAGAGAGGCUUCCUCCUGCUGCUCAACCUGAAGCAGUACAAGCGGUCCCGGGGCACGCUGCUCAGCGUGGAGAAGACCGACGGGUCCGGACCCGUUUUCGAGAUCAUCUCCAACGGGAAGGCCAACACCCUGGAUGUGGUGUACUCCACCGAGAACCAGCAGCAAGUGGUGUCCAUCGAGGAGGCGGACCUGGCCACGGGGCACUGGAAGAACAUCACCCUGUUCGUGCAGGAGGACCGGGCGCAGCUGUAUGUGGGCUGCGAGGAGAUCAACGUGUCUGAGAUGGACGCCCCAAUCCAGACCGUGCUGUCCCGGGAGGUGGCUGACAUAGCUCGACUAAGGAUUGGAAAGGGAUCAGCAAGAGAUAAAUUCAUGGGGGUACUCCAGAAUGUGCACUUUGUGUUUGGUACCACUCUUGAUGCAAUUCUGAGAAAUAAAGGAUGCCAAAGUGGAGCAACUCUAACCGAUGUCAUGACCCUGGACAACCCAGUCAAUAACUCCAGCCCUGCCAUCAGGACCGACUACACAGGUCACAAAUCCAAAGACUUGCAGAGUGUCUGCGGGUUCUCUUGCGAGGACAUCGCCAGCAUGUUUAAGGAGCUCAGGGGACUCAACGUAAUUGUCAAACAGCUGUCGAACGAGCUCGAAAAAGUGUCCACAGAAAGCCAGCUCCUGAAAAAUCAAAUUAACAUCCACAGAGGAGUCUGCCUCCAUAACGGCAUCGUGCACAACGACAAAGACGAGUGGACAGUGGACGACUGCACAGAGUGUACCUGUCAGAACUCUGCUACUGUGUGCCGUAAAAUCUCCUGCCCCCUUAUUCCGUGUGCUAAUGCCACCGUACCCGAUGGAGAAUGUUGUCCUCGCUGUGGAACACCGAGCGAUUACGCAGAAGAUGGCUGGUCCGCCUGGUCUGAUUGGACCCAUUGCUCCACCACUUGUGGGCGUGGUAUCCAACAGCGUGGACGCUCCUGUGACCGCAUCAAUAGCAAGUGUGAGGGCACCUCUGUCCAGACCCGGGACUGCUACCUACAGGAGUGUGACAAGCGCUUCAAACAGGAUGGAGGCUGGAGCCACUGGUCACCCUGGUCUUCAUGCUCUGUGACCUGUGGCGAGGGAGUCAUGACCCAAAUCCGCCUCUGCAACUCCCCCACACCCCAGAUGGGAGGAAGGGACUGCCAAGGCGAGGGACGUCAGACCAAAGCUUGCAAGAAGUCACCCUGUCCAAUCAAUGGGGGUUGGGGACCUUGGUCACCAUGGGACACCUGCUCUGUCACCUGCGGUGGAGGAAUCCAAACCCGAAAACGCCUCUGCAAUGAUCCUGCGCCCAAAUAUGGUGGAAAAGACUGUAUUGGAGAUGCCACCAUGCCUCAAAUUUGCAACAAACAGGAAUGCCCAAUUGAUGGUUGUCUUUCCAGUCCGUGCUUCCCUGGAGCAAAGUGUACCAGCUCUCCAGACGGUACCUUCAAGUGUGGAAAAUGUCCUCUUGGCUACACUGGUGAUGGGGUUACAUGCAAAGACAUUGAUGAAUGCAAAGAAGUCCCAGAUGCUUGCCACACUCAUAAUAGCGUUCAUCGCUGUGAGAACACUGAGCCAGGAUACAACUGUCACCCUUGCCCCUCGCGGUUCUCUGGUCCUCAGCCCUACGGAAGAGGAGUGGAGCAGGCAACCGCGAACAAACAGGUUUGCACUCCCCGUAACCCGUGCAAAGAUGGUAGCCACGACUGUCACAAAAAUGCAAACUGCAUCUACUUGGGCGUGUACUCCGAGUCCAUGUUCCGCUGCGAGUGCAAGCCAGGAUAUGCUGGUAACGGCCGGAUAUGUGGAGAGGACUCUGACCUUGAUGGGUGGCCCAACACUGACCUACCAUGCGUGGCGAACGCCACAUAUCAUUGUAAAAAGGAUAACUGCCCCAACCUUCCUAACUCUGGCCAGGAAGAUCACGACAAAGAUGGCCUGGGUGAUGAAUGUGACAGCGAUGAUGACAAUGAUGGGAUCCCUGAUGACAGAGACAACUGCCCAAGAGUUUACAACCCAGCCCAGUAUGAUGCAGACCGUGACGAUGUUGGGGAUCGAUGUGACAACUGUGUGUUUGAAGCCAACACCGACCAAACAGACACUGACAACAAUGGAGAGGGCGACGCCUGUGCUAUUGACAUCGAUGGUGAUGGCAUUCUGAAUGAGAAUGACAAUUGCCCGUAUGUGUACAACGUGGACCAGAGAGACACUGACAGGGAUGGGGUGGGAGAUCACUGCGAUAACUGCCCCCUGGAGCACAAUCCAGAUCAGGUUGACUCUGACUCAGAUCGAGUGGGAGACAAAUGUGACAACAACCAGGACAUUGACGAAGACGGUCACCAGAACAACAUGGACAACUGCCCGUACAUCCCCAACGCCAACCAGGCCGACCACGACAAGGAUGGUAAAGGUGAUGCCUGCGACCAUGACGACGACAAUGAUGGCAUCCCAGAUGACAAAGACAACUGCAGGCUGGCCUUUAACCCUGAUCAACUGGACUCUGAUAAUGAUGGCCGUGGCGAUGUGUGCAAAGAUGAUUUUGACCAAGACAAUGUUCUCGACAUCCACGAUGUGUGCCCCGAGAACUUUGCCAUCAGUGAAACUGACUUCCGUAGGUUCCAGAUGGUUCCUCUUGAUCCCAAAGGCACCUCUCAGAUUGACCCUAACUGGGUGGUGAGGCACCAGGGCAAAGAGCUGGUACAGACCGUCAACUGCGACCCAGGCAUCGCUGUUGGUUACGAUGAGUUCAGUGCUGUGGAUUUCGGUGGGACCUUCUUCAUCAACACAGACAGAGAUGACGACUAUGCAGGAUUUGUGUUUGGCUAUCAGUCCAGUUCCCGCUUCUACACCGUUAUGUGGAAGCAAAUCACCCAAACGUACUGGUCUAACACUCCCACAAGAGCGCAGGGAUAUUCCGGCCUUUCAAUCAAAGUAGUCAACUCCACCACAGGGCCUGGUGAGCACCUGAGGAACGCCCUGUGGCAUACCGGAGACACCCCCGGACAGGUGCGCACUUUGUGGCACGACCCCAAGAACAUUGGCUGGAAGGACUUCACUGCCUACAGAUGGCAUCUGACCCACAGACCAAAGACCGGGCUUAUCAGAGUGAUCAUGUACGAAGGCAAAAGAAUCAUGGCUGAUUCUGGAAACAUCUAUGACAAGACAUAUGCCGGCGGGCGGCUAGGCUUGUAUGUCUUCUCUCAAGAAAUGGUGUACUUCUCAGACCUCAAAUAUGAAUGUAGAGAUACAUAAGCCGCAAGGAAGAAUGUUCCAGUUCAAACAGGACACAAAACAUGGACUGAUUUCAACCUUUUUCCUAGGAGAAAAUGCACAUUAAAGGAGGUGUGUGGAGCAGGUCAUGAGGUAAAGUGACCUCAGAAGUUAAAGCCAAAUGAAAGUUUGAUGACUUAAAUGUUGAGCACCGCUCAGAAGAAAUGGACUUCCUUAGUCUCUGCGGAAGGAGGACUUCUUUUUGUGCUUUGCACACCUGAACUGUUAUUCCUCUAUUGACGAGGAAGAAAAUGAAAGAGAUUUUUUGUACUUUUUAUGCUUUAUUUUUAGCAUUACCUUUCAUCUGCUGUGGACUGAAAUAUAAAUAUUUGUGUUUUAUAUGUUUUUUUAUGAAGAAAUUUUAGAUUUUCUAGAGAAGGAAGAGAUGAGGAUGUUAGAGUGAAAGAAAGUGAGUGGUGUGUGUUUGCACACGUGUGCCAUCCAAGUUUGAAAAAAAGACAACCAAGUCAAAAAGAAAUUGAAAAUUCUCUCCAAUUAGUCAUCACAGACGUGGUGUCGGAAGCAGAGCUGGCCCAGGACAUGAAUCUUCUCAGGAAGGAGCUUAGGCGAGAAAGCGGGAAAACUUCAGGACAGCACAGGGCCUCAAAGCACAAGAUGCUGCUUUGGUCAGUUUCUGUACAUACAGAUGCAUUAAAGUCUUUAACCUUCACUAAAUAAAUUAAGGGACAUAAACAGUGAGGGCCAGUCUGUUUCCCAAGAUUUUAUAUCAAAUAUGAUUUUGUAUAUUUACUUGUUGCUAAAUACUUGCUUAACAUUAUCGGAAAGCUACUACAGCAUAAUUUUUUAAAAGCACAGAAUCCCUUAUAUUCUGGACAGUAUCAUGUAAAAGUGUUUUGCAUCUGCACAGUGUGUUUGACUGGUGUUCAUCUCUGACAAAUGGGUGAAAAACAAAAAAGCAAACCCUUUUUGUACAAAUAUUACCUCAUGAAUUAUUUUUGUACUGAGACCAGCAAUGUACCAGAAUGACUAGUCUUAGUAAACACAGUAUACAUUGGUUGUCUUUAGCAUUAAUACCAUUUCUAUGAUGUAUAUAAGAUUUUCUUGGUUUUGACAGAGAAGCUGAACAGAAAAGGAUAAACGAAAUAAUUGUGUUCUAUGAUGUGUAUGUGCUUCGUAAAUUAUUUUUAUAUUUUUUUUGUCUUUUGUUUAGAUGUAUUCUAUUUAAAUAAUUUAUAUAGAAACGCAGCCUCUUUUGGACACGUUUCUAUUUGUAUAAACCUUUUUUUUUGCACACUGACACCAGGAUGUCUUUGGUUUCUUUUCUGUUUUUGUAUGUGCCUUUUUUAAUAUUCUUUUCUAUAAACAUUUGUACAUUAGUUUCUACCCAAAGUGCUGUUUAUACUCCUGCCUGUUGUUUUGUACAUUCAAGGAAAGAAUAAAUUCUUUUAAAA